AUGUCGGCAGUCAAGUUGGACUCGAACGCGUGGUACGCCAUUUCAGAGGGUCGUGUCGCCAACGUCUCGGAUCCUCUCACAUCGAAUUUGCAGGACACCAACAAUGGGCUUAGAGUGUUCGGGAAAACGGACGCGCUGUGGCAAUUUCAACCGGUUGGUGAUAAGGACGGACGGUAUCUUGUGAGACUGAACUCCGCCGGCGUGGGCCAGCAACUUUCUGUAUGCUGGAGCUCAGCGGAGGUCCACCCCAGUGGAACGAGGGGGUGCUUAAGAAAGACGGAAUCGGACGAGAGUCAACAGUGGGACAUUACCGAAUGGGAGAGCGAGAAGGGCACGCUCAAGUUCACCAAUGUAGCGAAUGGCACAGGAUACGUUCUUGACGUCCACCCGGGGUCCAACUUAUUCAUGUCGAGCGAGAUUGAGGGUACCGACGGCGUGUCGGCACGGCAGCCUGCCCAGCAUUGGAUCAUGACUAGCUCCAAGGCGGUUGACGAUGGAGCAUACUCUACCAUCUACUCUGCAGGCUUUAUAGACAACUCCCGUCGGCACAGCGACAUCAUCCGGAUCGGGAUUGACAUCUGCAACCGCAACUGCGACAGGAACGGACUCAGGAGCAGUGACACCUACUGCCACCGAUGGCUCUACUACCGCGAGCUCAAGCCCUGA